GCCCUCCCCGUCGUCCAGGCCAUGGUGGCGCUGAAGGGAGUCCCCGCGCUGCUGUCCCCCGAGCUGCUCUAUGCGCUGGCGCGGAUGGGGCACGGGGACGAGAUCGUUCUCGCGGACUUGAACUUCCCGGCCUCCUCCAUCUGCCAGUGCGGGCCCAUGGAGAUCCGUGCAGACGGCCUGGGCAUCCCGCAGCUUCUGGAGGCUGUGCUGAAGCUACUGCCCCUGGACACCUAUGUGGAGAGUCCGGCUGCAGUCAUGGAGCUGGUGCCCAGCGACAAGGAGAGGGGCCUGCAGACUCCGGUGUGGACAGAAUACGAGUCCAUCCUACUCAGGGCCGGCUGCUCGAGCGCCCUGGCAAAGGUCGAGAGGUUUGCGUUUUAUGAGCGGGCUAAAAAGGCUUUUGCUGUUGUGGCAACUGGGGAGACCGCCCUCUAUGGAAACCUCAUCCUCAAGAAGGGGGUGCUUGCCCUCAGCCCCCUGCUCGAAGCCUGGUGAAGACCACUGGGCCAGAAGAGGAACCAGGGGCACCUGAGCUCCAGGACCACCACUCACAGCAGGCCUGCCAGCGGCAGCUCCCAGACCUGGGCCCAGGCCGGGGCUCUAGGGGCCAGCAGUCUUGGGGUGUGCCUUGCCAAUUAGGAUGAGGGUCCCCCAAUUCAUAAAAAUGAUGGAAAAAUGUAGUCACAGUCGAUGUUCAGAUUAAAGGUUUCAAUUUCA